AUGGCGGGAGCCUGCCAAACCCAGAGAACCGGGGCCAUGAGUGAUCGUUGGUAAAUAGGGCGUUAUCCUGUGAGGGCUAUCAAUAUUAUUAAUAAAUAGGGAGUAUCCCGUCAGGGUUAUCAAUAUUAUUAACAAAUAGGGAGUAUCCCAUCAUGGCUAUCGAUAUUAUUAAUAAAUAGGGCGUUAUCCUGUCAGGAUUAUAAAUAUUAUUAAUAAAUAGGGAGUAUCCCGUCAUGGCUAUCGAUAUUUUUAAUAAAUAGGACGUUAUCCCAUCAGGAUUAUCGAUAUUAUUAAUAAAUAGGGAGUAUCCCGUCAGGAUUAUCGCUAUUAUUAAUAAAUAGGGUAUUAUCCCGUCAGGAUUAUCGAUAUUAUUAAUAAAUAGGGAGUAUCCCGUCAGGAUUAUCGAUAUUAUUAAUAAAUAGGGCGUUAUCCCAUCAGGAUUAUCGAUGUUAUUAAUAAAUAGGGAGUAUCCCGUCAGGAUUAUCGCUAUUAUUAAUAAAUAGGGCGUUAUCCCGUCAGGGCUAUCGCUAUUAUUAAUAAAUAGGGCAUUAUCCCGUCAGGAUUAUCGCUAUUAUUAAUAAAUAGGGCAUUAUCCCGUCAGGAUUAUCGCUAUUAUUAAUAAAUAGGGCGUUAUCCCGUCAGGGCUAUCGAUAUUAUUAAUAAAUAGGGAGUAUCCCGUCAGGAUUAUCGCUAUUAUUACUAAAUAGGGUAUUAUCCCGUCAGGAUUAUCGACAUUAUUAAUAAAUAGGGAGUAUCCCGUCAGGAUUAUCGAUAUUAAUAAAUAGGGCGUUAUCCCGUCAGGGUUAUCGCUAUUAUUAAUAAAUAGGGCGUUAUCCCGUCAGGGUUAUCGCUAUUAUUAAUAAAUAGGGAGUAUCCCGUCAGGAUUAUCGCUAUUAUUAAUAAAUAGGGUGUUAUCCCGUCAAGAUUAUCGCUAUUAUUAAUAAAUAGGGAGUAUCCCGUAAGGGCUAUCGAUAUUAAUAAAUAGGGCGUUAUCCCGUCAGGGCUAUCGAUAUUAAUAAAUAGGGCGUUAUCCCGUCAGGAUUAUCGCUAUUAUUAAUAAAUAGGGAGUAUCCCGUAAGGGCUAUCGAUAUUAAUAAAUAGGGCGUUAUCCCGUCAGGGCUAUCGAUAUUAUUAAUAAAUAGGGAGUAUCCCGUCAGGAUUAUCGCUAUUAUUAAUAAAUAGGGAGUAUCCGGUCAGGAUUAUCGCUAUUAUUAAUAAAUAGGGCGUUAUCCCGUCAGGAUUAUCGCUAUUAUUAAUAAAUAGGGCGUUAUCCCGUCAGGAUUAUCGCUAUUAUUAAUAAAUAGGGCGUUAUCCCGUCAGGAUUAUCGCUAUUAUUAAUAAAUAGGGCAUUAUCCCGUCAGGAUUAUCGCUAUUAUUAAUAAAUAGGGUAUUAUCCCGUCAGGGCUAUCGCUAUUAUUAAUAAAUAGGGAGUAUCCCGUCAGGAUUAUCGCUAUUAUUAAUAAAUAGGGUAUUAUCCCGUCAGGGCUAUCGCUAUUAUUAAUAAAUAGGGCGUUAUCCCGUCAGGGUUAUCGCUAUUAUUAAUAAAUAGGGCGUUAUCCCGUCAGGGCCAUCGCUAUUAUUAAUAAAUAGGGUGUUAUCCGGUCAGGAUUAUAUUAUUAAUAAAUAGGGUGUUAUCCGGUCAGGAUUAUCGCUAUUAUUAAUAAAUAGGGCGUUAUCCCGUCAGGAUUAUCGCUAUUAUUAAUAAAUAGGGAGGAUUAUCCCGUCAGGAUUAUCGCUAUUAUUAAUAAAUGGGCGUAUCGUCAGGUUAUCGCUAUUAUUAAUAAAUAGGGCGUAUUAUCCGUCAGGUUAUCGCUAUUAUUAAUAAAUAGGAUUAUCCCGUCAGGAUUGUAUUAAUAAAUAGGAUUAUCCCGUCAGGAUUAUCGCUAUUAUUAAUAAAUAGGGAGUAUCCGUCAGGAUUAUCGCCGUCAGGUUAUUAUUAUUAAAUAGGGCGUUAUCCCGUCAGGGCCAUCGCUAUUAUUAAUAAAUAGGGCGUUAUCCCGUCAGGAUUAUCGCUAUUAUUAAUAAAUAGGGCAUUAUCCCGUCAGGAUUAUCGCUAUUAUUAAUAAAUAGGGUGUUAUCCCGUCAGGAUUAUCGCUAUUAUUAAUAAAUAGGGUGUUAUCCCGUCAGGAUUAUCGCUAUUAUUAAUAAAUAGGGCGUUAUCCCGUCAGGGCCAUCGCUAUUAUUAAUAAAUAGGGCAUUAUCCCGUCAGGAUUAUCGCUAUUAUUAAUAAAUAGGGUGUUAUCCCGUCAGGAUUAUCGCUAUUAUUAAUAAAUAGGGCAUUAUCCCGUCAGGAUUAUCGCUAUUAUUAAUAAAUAGGGCGUUAUCCCGUCAGGGCCAUCGCUAUUAUUAAUAAAUAGGGCAUUAUCCCGUCAGGAUUAUCGCUAUUAUUAAUAAAUAGGGUAUUAUCCCGUCAGGGCUAUCGCUAUUAUUAAUAAAUAGGGCCCGUCAGGAUUAUCGCUAUUAUUAAUAAAUAGGGUAUUAUCCCGUCAGGGCUAUCGCUAUUAUUAAUAAAUAGGGCGUUAUCCCGUCAGGGUUAUCGCUAUUAUUAAUAAAUAGGGCGUUAUCCCGUCAGGGCCAUCGCUAUUAUUAAUAAAUAGGGCGUUAUCCCGUCAGGAUUAUCGCUAUUAUUAAUAAAUAGGGAGUAUCCCGUCAGGGCUAUCGAUAUUAUUAAUAAAUAGGGCGUUAUCCCGUCAGGAUUAUCGCUAUUAUUAAUAAAUAGGGCGUUAUCCGGUCAGUUUUGGCGUUUUCGUUAGUAAGUAGAGCGAAGCAAGCGAGGUUCAGGCGGGCGGAAUCCUUCCAUCACGUGACUCUGCCGUGUCUGGUUUGGUUUCCAUGGGGACACAUUCCGGCGCGUCAUUGCCAGUUCACUGACGUCACACUUCCGGGACCAUAUAAGGGACGCAACGGAGACCAGGACGUACGCUACGUGACUGGUGUGGUGAAAUGACGUCAGGCGUAUGCUGUUGCCAUGGUUGCUGUUUAUUUACUCAAAAUAAAACAAAGGGUGACCUCCCUCACCUUGCAGAACACCAGGGGAACCUCUGGGCUUCCCCCAUUAAAUAACAGUAAUUUAUACAGAUACUGGGCCAUUAACAUUCAGUUAUACCGAUACUGGGCCAUUAACAUUCAGUUAUACCGAUACUGGGCCAUUAACAGUCAGUUAUACAGAUACUGGGCCAUUAACAGUCAGUUAUACCGAUACCGGGCCAUUAACAGUCAGUUAUACAGAUACUGGGCCAUUAACAGUCAGUUAUACCGAUACUGGGCCAUUAACAGUCAGUUAUAGUAAUACUGGGCCAUUAACAGUCAGUUAUACCGAUACCGGGCCAUUAACAGUCAGUUAUAGUGAUACUGGGCCAUUAACAGUCAGUUAUACCGAUACUGGGCCAUUAACAGUCAGUUUAUACCGAUACUGGGCCAUUAACAGUCAGUUAUACCGAUACUGGGCCAUUAACAGUCAGUUAUACCGAUACUGGGCCAUUAACAGUCAGUUAUACCGAUACCGGGCCAUUAACAGUCAGUUAUACCGAUACCGGGCCAUUAACAUUCAGUUAUAGUAAUACUGGGCCAUUAACAUUCAGUUAUAGUAAUACUGGGCCAUUAACAGUCAGUUAUACUGAUACUGGGCCAUUAACAGUCAGUUAUACCGAUACCGGGCCAUUAACAGUCAGUUAUACCGAUACCGGGCCAUUAACAGUCAGUUAUACCGAUACCGGGCCAUUAACAGUCAGUUAUACCGAUACUGGGCCAUUAACAGUCAAUUAUACAGAUACUGGGCCAUUAACAGUCAGUUAUAGUAAUACUGGGCCAUUAACAUUCAGUUAUAGUAAUACUGGGCCAUUAACAGUCAGUUAAACAGAUACUGGGCCAUUAACAGUCAGUUAUACCGAUACCGGGCCAUUAACAGUCAGUUAUACCGAUACUGGGCCAUUAACAGUCAGUUAUACCGAUACUGAGCCAUUAACAGUCAGUUAUAGUAAUACUGGGCCACUAACAGUCAGUUAUAGUAAUACUGGGCCACUAACAGUCAGUUAUACCGAUACUGGGCCAUUAACAGUCAGUUAUAGUAAUACUGGGCCAUUAACAGUCAGUUAUAGUAAUACUGGGCCACUAACAGUCAGUUAUAGUAAUACUGGGCCACUAACAGUCAGUUAUACCGAUACUGGGCCAUUAACAGUCAGUUAUACCGAUACUGGGCCAUUAACAGUCAGUUAUAGUAAUACUGGGCCACUAACAGUCAGUUAUACUGAUACUGGGCCAUUAACAGUCAGUUAUACCGAUACUGGGCCAUUAACAGUCAGUUAUAGUAAUACUGUGCCAUUAACAGUCAGUUAUAGUAAUACUGGCCCACUAACAGUCAGUUAUACUUAUACUGGGCCAUUAACAGUCAGUUAUAGUAAUACUGGGCCAUUAACAGUCAGUUAUACCGAUACUGGGCCACUAACAGUCAGUUAUAGUAAUACUGUGCCAUUAACAGUCAGUUAUAGUAAUACUGGGCCACUAACAGUCAGUUAUACCGAUACUGGGCCACUAACAGUCAGUUAUACCGAUACUGGGCCAUUAACAGUCAGUUAUAGUAAUACUGUGCCAUUAACAGUCAGUUAUACCGAUACCGGGCCAUUAACAGUCAGUUAUACUAAUACUGGGCCACUAACAGUCAGUUAUAGUAAUACUGUGCCAUUAACAGUCAGUUAUACCGAUACCGGGCCAUUAACAGUCAGUUAUACUAAUACUGGGCCACUAACAGUCAGUUAUAGUAAUACUGUGCCAUUAACAGUCAGUUAUACCGAUACCGGGCCAUUAACAGUCAGUUAUACUAAUACUGGGCCACUAACAGUCAGUUAUAGUAAUACUGUGCCAUUAACAGUCAGUUAUACCGAUACCGGGCCAUUAACAGUCAGUUAUACUAAUACUGGGCCACUAACAGUCAGUUAUAGUGAUACUGGGCCAUUAACAGUCAGUUAUAGUAAUACUGGGCCAUUAACAGUCAGUUAUACCGAUACUGGGCCAUUAACAUUCAGUUAUACUGAUACUGGGCCAUUAACAGUCAGUUAUAGUAAUACUGGGCCAUUAACAGUCAGUUAUAGUAAUACUGGGCCACUAACAGUCAGUUAUAGUGAUACUGGGCCAUUAACAGUCAGUUAUACCGAUACCGGGCCAUUAACAGUCAGUUAUACUAAUACUGGGCCACUAACAGUCAGUUAUAGUAAUACUGUGCCAUUAACAGUCAGUUAUACCGAUACCGGGCCACACAGUCAGUUAUACUAAUACUGGGCCACUAACAGUCAGUUAUACCACUGUGCCAUUAACAGUCAGUUAUAUGCGGCAUUAACAUCACUGGGCCACUAACAGUCAGUUAUACCGAUACUGGGCCAUUAACAUUCAGUUAUAGUAAUACUGUGCCAUUAACAGUCAGUUAUACCGAUACCGGGCCAUUAACAGUCAGUUAUACCGAUACCGGGCCAUUAACAGUCAGUUAUACUAAUACUGGGCCACUAACAGUCAGUUAUAGUGAUACUGGGCCAUUAACAGUCAGUUAUAGUAAUACCGGGCCAUUAACAGUCAGUUAUACCGAUACCGGGCCAUUAACAGUCAGUUAUACCGAUACCGGGCCAUUAACAGUCAGUUAUAGUAAUACUGGGCCAUUAACAGUCAGUUAUAGUAAUACUGUGCCAUUAACAGUCAGUUAUACUGAUACUGGGCCAUUAACAGUCAGUUAUAGUUAUACUGAGCCAUUAACAGUCAGUUAUAGUAAUACUGGGCCAUUAACAGUCAGUUAUACCGAUACCGGGCCAUUAACAGUCAGUUAUACCGAUACCGGGCCAUUAACAGUCAGUUAUAGUGAUACUGGGCCAUUAACAGUCAGUUAUACCAAUACUGGGCCAUUAACAGUCAGUUAUAGUAAUUCUGGGCCAUUAACAGUCAGUUAUAGUAAUACUGGGCCAUUAACAGUCAGUUAUACCGAUACCGGGCCAUUAACAGUAAUUUAUACAGAUACUGAGCCAUUAACAGUCAGUUAUAGUAAUACUGGGCCAUUAACAGUCAGUUAUACUGAUACUGAGCCAUUAACAGUCAGUUAUAGUAAUACUGGGCCAUUAACAGUCAGUUAUACCGAUACUGGGCCAUUAACAGUCAGUUAUACCGAUACUGGGCCAUUAACAGUCAGUUAUAGUAAUACUGGGCCAUUAACAGUCAGUUAUAGUAAUACUGGGCCAUUAACAGUCAGUUAUACCGAUACCGGGCCAUUAACAGUCAGUUAUACCGAUACCGGGCCAUUAACAGUCAGUUAUAGUGAUACUGGGCCAUUAACAGUCAGUUAUACCAAUACUGGGCCAUUAACAGUCAGUUAUAGUAAUUCUGGGCCAUUAACAGUCAGUUAUACUAAUACUGGACCAUUAACAGUCAGUUAUACUGAUACUGGGCCAUUAACAGUUAGUUAUAAUGAUACUGGGCCAUUAACAGUAAUAUAUACCGAUACUGGGCCAUUAACAGUCAGUUAUACUAAUACUGGGCCAUUAACAGUCAGUUUUACCGAUGCCGGGCAACUACCAGUCAGUUGUACUGAUACUGGGCCAUUAACCGUCAGUUAUAAUGAUACUGGGCCAUUAACAGUCGGUUUUACCGAUUCUGGACCAUUAACAGUCAGUUAUACUAAUACUGGGCCAUUAA